UCUGCUAACGCUUGUUUGCUCACUGGGUGGAAAGCAAAGAUCUCAUUCCAGCGCCUGCAGCAGAGCAGACGCAGGUCUACAGCAAUCCAACACCUGGAGAAGGAGGCUGUGGCCGUCCCUGACGUCCACUUGCAGCUGGAGACAUGAGGUCCCCAACUGUCCUGCCCAUCCUCCUGCUCCUCAUCCUGCACCUCACAGAUGGGGCAUCUGCAGCACUGAGUUACGUGGUCAUAUCCCCAGCUGUGUUCUACCACCCCCACACAGCAGUGCUGUGGGUCCAUCUCAGUGGCCUCCAGGAGCCCGUCCAGGUGACCAUUGAGCUGCAGAGAGCAGAUGGGACCCAUAACAUCACCCUGCUGGAGAGGAAGGUCCAGGAGCCUCAUCUGUACCUGAACAUCACCUUCCCCGCUCCAGCCCCCUCCAAAGGGAAGGAAGAAAUCGUAGACCUGCACUUCACAAUCCAGGGAAAUUCCCUGGAUAUCUUCAAGAAGAAGGUGAUGCUGAGAGCCCUGGAGCCUGGGAUCUUCAUACAGACAGACAAAGCUGUUUACAAGCCUGGACAGCAAGUGAAGUUUCAAAUUGUCUCUUUGGAUAAAGAUUUCACUCCCAGCAAUAAGAAGCUGCCCAUUGUGUUCCUGAAGGAUCCCAGCGGGAACCGCAUUGCGCAGUGGCAGGAGGUGAGCCCACAGCAGGGCAUAGUGGACCUGUCCCUCCCGCUGGCUGCAGAGCCAGCUCUGGGCACAUACACCAUCGAGGUGGAGGGGAAGAGACACUCCUUCAGUGUGGAGGAAUAUGUGCUGCCCAAGUUUGAGAUGACCAUUGAUCUCCCUGCUGUGGUGCUGGAGAAUGACAAGAAGUUCCAGAUGAAGAUUUGUGGACGGUACACCUACGGGAAGCCCGUCCAGGGGAAGGUCCAGGCCAGCUUGUGCCAGCCCUUCAGGUACAUCAGGAUGCUGUACAGACUUCACGGUGCCCCUGAGAAAGAGAUGAACUGCAUCGAGGUUGGCGGGCAGACUGAGAAGAACGGCUGCUUUUCAACAGAGGUUUUGUUGUCUGCCUUCAACCUGACCAGCUCCACGUAUCAGAAGCAAUUCCAAGUCCAGGCAUCGCUGGUGGAGGAUGGGACAGGGCUGGAGCUGAAAAACACCAAAAGCUGCCAAAUUUUACCUGAAAUCCUCACUGUCACCUUUGAAAACACCAAUGAUUUCUACAAGCCCGGCAUCCCCUACACUGGGACGAUGCUGCUGAAGAGAGCCAAUGGUGCCGUGGUGCCGCAGAAGCAGCUCGUGCUCAUCAUUAGCCAGCAAGGAAAAGCUACGAGACAGACCUUCCUGACGGACGGAUCAGGGAGAGCCUCCUUUGAGCUGGAGACCUCUGGUUGGAGUGACAUGGUCUCCCUGCAGGCUCAAGUCAACAAGACAGCUCACACCCAGAACAAUGACUCGACAUUCAUCUACAAAAAUGCCUACAUAUACCUCAGCCCCUUCUUUUCGGCGAGCAGGAGCUUCCUGCGGAUCCACCGGCUGGAGAGCGAGCUGCCCUGCGGCCAGCCCCAGCAGCUCUGGGUGGACUACAUCUUCAGCAAGGAGGCCUUAGGGACUGAGCCGGAGAGCCUGGAUGUGGUCUUCCUGGUCCUGGCCAAGGGGACCAUUGCCAACAUCCUCAGGAAAGAGCUGCCUGCAGCAGCUGGGCUGAGAGGCUCCUUCUCCCUGGAGCUGCCCAUCGGCCCCGAGCUGGCGCCCACGGCCAAGGUGCUGGGCUACGUGGUGCUGCCUGACAGCGAGAUGGUGGCUGACAGCACCGAGCUCCAGGUGGCCAAGUGCUUCCCCAACAAGGUGAAGAUGGCUUUUUCGGAGGACAGAGCUCUGCCUGGCUCAGCGCUGCGGCUGGAGCUGGAGGCUGCCCCGGGGUCCCUGUGUGCUGUCCGUGCUGUGGACCGCAGUGUGCUGCUCUUGAAGCCCAAGGCUGAGCUCAACACGGAGGCGGUCUACAAAGUACUCCCUGAAUUUGACUACCCUGGAAGCAUUCGAGACCCACCACGCUGUUCAACAUUUUCCUGGGACUAUCCCCCCAACGUUGGUAUCCCCGUUGUCCCAUUUGUGUCGAGACGACGAGAGUUCUUUCGCCCUCGAAGGAGGUAUCACUUACCUUCCCCUUUUUGGAUGAAUCCCCAGAUGGACACCUACAAGUUAUUUCAGAAUGCAGCACUGAAACUUUUCACCAACACCAAGACCAGCGAUGUUUGCAAAGAGAGGUUCAGCUUCCGUGGGAUGGCAGGUCCCCAAGGUCCCAGAGGUGGCUUUGAUUCCUAUGGUGUCACCUAUUUGAUGAAAGAAAUCGAUAUCCCAGCAGUAAACCAUGCUGUCACAGAAGUAACGGGGCGUAGUAUCCCACUUGUCACUGCCCAGGAAGAGCCACCGGCACCCCGGACGUAUUUCCCAGAGACGUGGCUGUGGGACCUGGUCCCCAUGGGGGACGGGGGCUCUGCGGAGGUGACAGUGACGGUGCCCGAUGCCAUCACCGAGUGGGAAGCCGGGAUGUUCUGCACAUCCCCGUUGGGUUUGGGGCUGGCCCCUGCCACCACCCUCACGGCCUUCAAGCCCUUCUUCGUGGAGCUGGCGCUGCCCUACGCCGUGGUCCGGCACGAAGCCUUCACCCUCGUGGCCACCGUGUUCAACUACCUGCGGCAGUGCCUGCGGGUUCAGGUGACUCUGGCGGAGUCGGCGGAGCUGGAGGUGUCAGCAGGCAUGGAGGGGGAGUACAGAGGCUGCGUCUGUGCAGACGAAGCAAGGACCUUCCGAUGGGGCAUGCGAGCCACCAGCCUGGGGGAGGUGAACAUCACUGUCAGCACCGAGGCCCUCAGCUCCAAGGAGCUCUGUGGCAAUGAGAUGCCCGUGGUGCCAGCCCAGGGGCGUGUGGACACCGUGAUAAAGCCCUUGCUGGUGCAGCCUGGUGGGAUCCUGGUGGAGAAGGCGCACAACUCCCUGCUCUGCCAGGAAGUCACUGAAGAAAUCUCCCUGGAGGUUCCUGCAAACAUCUUGGAGGGCUCCCAGCGAGCCCACGUCACUGUGAUAGGUGACAUCAUGGGCAACGCUCUGCAGAACCUGGACCGCCUCCUGGCCAUGCCCUAUGGCUGUGGGGAGCAGAACAUGGUCCGCUUCGCCCCUAACAUCUACAUCCAGCAGUACCUGGAGAAGAGUGGGCAGCUGCACCCCGACAUCCGUGCCAAGGCGCAGGGCUUCCUGCAGAGCGGGUACCAGCGAGAGCUGCUCUACAAACACAACGACGGCUCCUACAGUGCCUUUGGGAAGAGCGAUCCCGGGGGCAACACCUGGCUGACAGCAUUUGUCCUCAAGUCCUUCGGGCAAGCCAGAGCCUAUGUGGCCAUCGAGGAGCGACACAUCACGGACGCGCUGCACUGGCUGCAGAAGCAGCAGCAGAAGACGGGCUGCUUCCGCAGUGUGGGGAAGCUCUUCAACAAUGCCCUGCAGGGUGGUGUCUCAGACGAGCUCUCCCUGUCAGCUUAUGUCACAGCUGCGAUGCUGGAGCUGGGGCUGUCCCCAACGGACCCGAAGGUGAGCUCAGCCCUGCAGUGCCUGGAGGCUUCGAACACGGACGACCCCUACACGCAGGCGUUGCUCGCCUACGUCUUCGGGCUGGCGGGGCGCAGGGAGCAGCAGCAAACCCAGCUGCAGAGCCUGGCCCAGCACAGCGUCAGCCCAGAGGGGCAGCUCUACUGGCAGAGGAAGGGGAAGGCUCUGCCCCCCUCGCAGCCGUCCUGGGCUGCAGCCGCGCCGGCGGAGGUGGAGAUGACCGCCUACGUCCUCCUGGCCUACCUCUCCCAGCCCCAAGUGCCCUCUGCUGACAUGGGGACCGCUUCCCGAAUCGUCCGCUGGCUCAGCAAGCAGCAAAACCCCUACGGGGGGUUCGCCUCCACACAGGACACCGUGGUGGCCCUGCAAGCCCUGGCCAAGUAUGCUGCCCUGACAUACAGCAGCAACGGGGACUUCACGGUGACGGUGACGUCCCCAACAGGCACCAUGCAGGACUUUGUGCUGCACAACAGCAACCGGCUGGUGCUACAGCGGGCGGCUCUGCACGAGCUGCCAGGGACGUACAGGGUGCAAGCCCGCAGGCAGGGCUGUGCCCUGGUGCAGGUGACCCUGCGCUAUAACGUGCCCCCCCCUCCGAGCACGGGGAUGUUCGACCUUCACGUGGAGACGGAGCCCGGGAAGUGCACGGGGGAUGCCAGCGCCCGCUUCCGCCUCCUGCUCCGAGCACGGUACACCGGGGAGCGUGCUGCCACCAACAUGGUUGUCAUCGAGGCCAAGCUGCCAUCUGGCUACAUCCCGGACAAGAGCUCCAUGGUGGAGCUGAAGAAGCAGAAGCUGGUGAAGAAGGUGGAGGUGCAGCCUGACCAGGUGACAAUUUACCUGGACCAGCUGACGAAGGAGGAGGCGGCUUUUGCCUUCACUGCCAUGCAGGACUUCCCGGUGAGGAACCUCCAGCCGGCCACCGUGACACUGUACGACUACUAUGAGACAGGUGACCGCACGGAUGCUGCCUACAGCGCACCUUGCAGCUCAGAGGCUGACACUCAGGAGCAGGAAAACUUCUAGCACAGCCUGAAGCCUGGCAGCUGGUCCCCUCAGCUUGCCCCGACUCCCUCAGCCACUGAGGACUGGGACAGCCCACAGUCUCCGCUCCCACCUUGGCCACAGCCCCGACCCUCCAUGGGGGCAGAACACGGCCCCGAGAUGCUCAGAGCACCCUCACGAUAUGGCUCGCUCGGGACUCAGCCGCUUCUCCCCGAGCGCAGCUCCCACCCCACCAGGCCCCGAGAGAGCCACGGCCAAGGGGCUGCUGCAGACCCGGGGGGCAGAGACAUCUUGCUGCUCUGCAAGCCCCCACCACAGAGGUCUGACUCGAGCUGGGCAGCCAAGCGGUGGCUUUACAGGGACAGCCCUGCGCAUCUCCCCCGUACCCCCCAAGGCAGCUCUGGGGCACCCGUCUGGCCUCUCUGCUCCCCCUGGCACCUGAGCAGGACCAAGACCUCCUCCCUCCCAUCACACCAACCAUCCCCUCCCCAGCAGGUCCCCAGCCCCAUUCACCCCAUCGUGGGAGCCACGGUGCUACUGGGCCCCUCCCGGGCACUAACACGCCACUGUCACCAAGAGGGACCUGCGGACACCUCCCCCAUCCCAUCCAGAUUCAGGCACUUGGUGACGGAGAGAGGCUGCAGGUUCCCCCCCCAGAUCCAAAUAAAUAUUUACUCAAGGGUG